AUGGCUGCUGCUACAAGUGUUGUAGUUUUAGACAGAGGGAAUAACACAACUUGCACCAUAAAUUUACAUGGUGCAACUGUUGUGUCGUGGAGAGUUAAUAAUCAGGAACAAUUAUUUGUCAGUAAACAAGCCGUUUUUGACGGUAAAAAAGCUAUUCGUGGAGGAAUUCCGUUUGUAUUUCCACAAUUUGGACAAUGGACAUUUGGACCACAACAUGGUUUCGCACGUAUUAUGCGAUGGAAUCUCGAAAAACCACCAGAGCGUUUACCAAGUGGCGACGUGGAAGCAAUAUUCUCGAUAAUGGAUAACGAUUUUACACGAUCAAUGUGGAACUAUAAUUUCCGAUUAACAUACCGAUUAAUAUUACGUGAAAAAGAGUUACAUUUUAACAUUGGCGUAUACAAUCCUAGCAAAGAUUUAACAUUCCGUUUCAACAUGUUGUUGCACACAUAUUUUAAGGUACCGGAUGUUAGACGAUGUCAAAUAACUGGAUUACAUGCGUGUACAUACGUGGAUAAAGUACAAGAUGGCGCUGUAUAUCAGGAGGCACGAGAUGCGGUUACUGUUUGCGAGUAUACAGAUCGUAUUUAUCAGAAUACGCCACAAGAGCAUAUUAUUACAAAUGUGGUAAGUGGGCGAAAAAUGCGUAUACAGAAAUAUAAUUUCCCAGAUACAGUUAUCUGGAAUCCAUGGUCCGAGAAAGCGAAAGAAAUGAUUGAUUUUGGUGAUGAUGAAUAUCCAAAUAUGGUGUGUGUUGAAUCUGGACAUGUUUCGAGUCCAGUUGUUUUAUUACCCGGCACAGCUUUUGAAGCGAGUCAGAUACUACAGGUAAUGUGAGUAGAAGUUGGGGGCUCAGAUUCGACUGUCCCAUCAUCAAAUUCAAGACGUUCCACUGCAUCAUCAAGUGCAUCAAUAAAUUUGCCUUUUAAUAAUUACCACCAUCAUCAUAACUCAAUGUUACA